GUACUGCGAUUACUCAACAAACAAGUCAGAGGGGAGGCACCGACCUGAAAGUUCAAACUGCAUUUAGUCAAUCUCGUCAUUUUACCUAUUUUUACCUAUUUCUAUAUCGUAGUCAAUGUCAAUACCCCGACUGGGAGUCUACGGUCGAAAAUUCCUGGAAAAAUAAAGGAAUAUUUAUAAAGCCGUUUCUUUUAGAUGUGAAGCGUUGACGAAAGGUUGAAAAUCCGAAGAGAAAAGAUGGAUUUGAACAUGUUGUAAUUCACGUUUGUAUCAUUUCUAGUUUGAAGGAAAGAUGGAUAUUUUAAUAAAGGAUUUACGGCCUGGGAUGAAGAACAUGAAUUUGACAGUGAUAGUUUUAGAUGUUGGUAAUCCGAUUCCUGUAAAAGAGAGAGAAGUUAGGACACUGAAAGUAGCCGAUACGAGUGCGUGUAUUAAUUUGUGUUUGUGGGACGAUCCUGGAAGAUACCUUUACCCGGGUGAUAUCGUGCGAUUAACUAAAGCUCAUGUGAAUAUGUUUCGAAGCUGCCUUACACUCUAUUCCGGAAAAGCGGGCGAUAUAGACAAGCUAGGUGAAUUUUGUAUGGUGUUCAACGAGCAGUUGAAUAUGUCCGAGCCGAAUAUGAACUUUGACGUUCCGCAGGGUAUGGGACAGGGUAUGAACAAUGGCGGACCCGCGGGGCUCAGCCUGUUGGCGAACAACAACGGCGGCAAAGGAGGGGCGGGUAUGCCUCCGGCCGGGCUGAUGGGCGCAAAACCACAGGGAAGUAAACUGCCGCCUCAAAGGUCGACUCAAGACCCGCAACCUCUACAAGGGAAAAACCAGCCCAAAGUGAACAAUAAAAACUCAAGAGGGCCGAUGAAAGGCAAUAUUGUUAGAACGGAACGUAGGUGACCUCUGUACGAAUUAAACUAUUAAGUAUUCACAGUAAAGUAAAACACCUGAAAUCAUGUGAUUCAUCAAAAUGACUCGAGUGAUAAACUAUGUAUCUUACAUUGAAAUACGUGUACCAUUUGCAAUUACCAUGUUUUAUCAUACUAUUAAACUGAAUAAUUAUUUAA